AGAAAUGACUUCAUCGACGUUGCUUUAUGUGGCAUCAGUACUGGCUAUUUUUUCCCUACCAUGUCACGGGCAGGAGGGCAAAUGUUCAGGGGCUCCAGGAAUUCCAGGGACCCCGGGAGCUAAUGGGCUACCUGGAAGAGAUGGACGGGAUGGCAUGAAAGGGGACCCAGGACCACCAGGCCCCAUGGGACCCCCCAAUGGUUUGCCAGGUGCUCCUGGAAGAGAUGGGCUUCCAGGACCAAGAGGACUGAAAGGUGAAACCGGAGAGAAAGGAGACCAUGGACCCCCUGGGCCAGAAGGCCGUGCAGCUUUUCUCGAUCCAGAUGUGCAGAAAGUGCUAAGAAGUCUGGGAGACAGGAUCCUGAGGCUUGAAGGAGUUCUGGCCUUGAGGGGAUUGAUAAAUAAGGUGGAGAACAAAAUAUUUGCUACCAAUGGGAAGACCGUUGGCCUUGACUCAAUAAUCCAAGCAUGUCAGCUUUCAGGAGGCUCCAUUGCAAAACCCAUGAAUGAAAAGGAGAACAAUGCUAUUUUGCAAAUUGUGAAGGAGCAAAAUCAAUAUACCUACUUGGGAAUUAAGGAGAGUUCAGUUCCAGGAGCCUUUGAGUAUUUCGAUGAAACCCCUGUGAAUUAUACCAACUGGCGUCGAUAUGAACCAAAUGGAAAAGGGGUGGAAAAUUGUGUUGAGAUGCAAACUGAUGGAAGUUGGAAUGACAAAAAAUGCAACCAGUAUCGUCUCAUUAUCUGUGAAUUUUAAAUUUUCCUGUUUUAACAUCUAAACCAGUGGAAUUGGUGUGGCUUCUGGGAACUGUAGUCCUCUGAACAGAUUUGUUGUAAAAUCUUCAUCAGCCUUCAGUUUUCUACAAUUCCCAAUAUUCCAAAGCUUGAGAAUCAAAUCAUGAGGAUCAGGGUUUUGAUAAUGACAUGGUGGCUACAAUCAAGCAUUUCCAAUUUCUAGAUGCUUAAAAGAAAUUAAAAUAUUGAUUUACAGAUGACUAGGGCUUAUUGAUUGACUGAUUUUUGUUACCAAUUAUUGGGGGUUAUUGCUUUUUAUGGUUUUUAUAUGAAAUUUUUAUCUUUGUAAGCUGUCUAGAAUCAUUGAGAGUGAGUUGAGUGGCCGUAUAAUUUUUUCUUUUUUAAAAAAAAAUCAAGAACAUUCUGGAAAAAGGCAAUGGAAAAGGCAAUUUCAGUAUUGCUAUCAAGAAAACUAAAUGAAUCUGACCAGGUAUUGAGUUCAACCUGAGUUCAUCUCCAAGAGUUGAGAUACUACCAACUUGAGUUCAAUCACCAGCACUUGAGUUCAACUGGAAGGAAGCUUUUGCUUCUGCUAAAUAUUCUAAAAUUCUAAUAACCCUUCAGAAGGAAUGGAUUCAGUGCAAUUUAAUCAUUAUUGGUCUUAUCUCUUAAUGAUACCAAGAACAGAGAAAAAGAACAAGAAGUCUUUUUCAAACCAGGAACAAGAAUGACUGAAUAUGAGUCCUGUAAAAAGUAUAUGAAUAAAUAUUUUUUUUAAAUGAUGCUU